AAGCGCAUUGUUAGCGUAGCGAGUUAACGUUGAACGGUCGGGCGAAGAAGGUAAAAAUGUUCGAGCUAUACGGUGUGAGUAAAGACGGUAUGGUUUAUCGGUCCCCACCGCCAAGAAGGAAAGAUGUAGAUAUAUUAGAGACUUGCUUGCAAUUACCGUCCCCUGAACUAAUGAGAAAACUGCCUAACGGUGAUGCGAUAUAUCAUGGAAAAGAUUCCGGCGUUUCCACUUCUUUGGAUAAGAACAAAGAACCACCGAGGGAAAGCAGACGGAGCGUGUUGAGGAAAUGGAUAGUGAUGAUUGGUUUCUUUUUCCUUGGAUGUGCUCUGGUCGCCGGUGUUGGAUUACCUUUGGCUUUAGAACUACGAAGCUCGCAUUUAUUGGAAGCUAGACUUCAAGUUGUACGACGAAUGCUCUCGGAAAUACCUUUGAUCGACGGGCACAACGAUUUCGCGUGGAAUCUUCGAAAACAUCGAGGAAGUACAAAGUUGAAAGACUUUCCUUUCGACGAGGAUUUGUCGCGAAACGUAAGUUGGGGCUCUCGAUGGCAAACCGAUUUAGUACGUUUACGGCAAGGCAUCGUCGGCGGCCAAUUCUGGUCAGUGUACGUUCCGUGCGAGGCACAAUUUCUCGACGCGGUACAGCUGACCCUGGAACAGAUAGAUAUUGUGCGUCGGCUCGUCUUGAGAUAUCCGAAGAGAAUAAGAAUGGUAACGAGCAGUAAAGAGCUGGAGAAGGCGCAUAAAGAUGGCGUGAUCGGAAGUUUAGUAGGAAUCGAGGGUGGUCACAGUAUUGGAACGUCGAUGGCUGUGCUGAGAAGUUUUCAUCGGCUAGGAGCAAGAUACAUGACCCUGACACACAAAUGCAACACCCCGUGGGCGGAUUCAUGCUCCGUAGAAGAUCCGAAUUCGGUGGCGUCAUUGGAUUUCCACAGCGAUGGGUUAUCGAUAUUUGGCAAGGCGGUAGUAAAAGAGUUGAAUCGAUUAGGGAUGUUCGUAGAUUUGUCACACGUUUCGAUAAGAACCAUGAGGGAUGCAUUGACGAUGAGUAAAGCACCGGUGAUAUUCUCUCACAGCGCAGCCAGAGCUCUCUGCAAUUCGUCCAACAAUGUUCCGGACGAUAUACUCCGUAAUUUGUCGGUAAAUGGUGGCCUGGUUAUGGUGAGCUUCGACAGUGCGCAUUUAAGCUGCGGUGAUAAAGCUUCGAUGUUCGACGUGAUAGCUCAUAUCAAUCACAUAAGGCGAAUAGCUGGUGUUAACCACGUGGGUCUUGGAGCUGGCUAUGAUGGUAUAUCGAGUCCGCCAGUGGAACUUCCGGAUGUUUCUGGUUAUCCUUUGCUACUGGCCGAAUUGACCAGAGAUAGAAGAUGGUCGGCGUUGGACAUAAAGAAAUUAGUGGGUGGAAAUUUGUUGAGGGUAUUGAAGGAAGUAGAGAAUCACGCGAUAACCAUGUCGCAUCAAUCUCCGGCAGAGGAAUUGAUUCCUCAGGAGUUGAUAGAGGAUACUGCCUAUUGUAGAUAUCACGAUACCUAAAAACGAUUUGACGUUGCAAAGUUAAGCGUUAAUCGAUCCUACACGGAACGUCGAGUCAUCUGUACCUUAUCGUUUUCUGUCUUUGUACCUGGAUUACUUUGUUUUAUAUUUUUUAAUAAAGCUAACUACGGAUCGUCCGAAUCAUCGCUUCUUUUAUUCCUUGUAUUUUCGAGUUUGCCAUUCGCGGUCCCGGGCUCCGAUC